GAUGUAAUUUGGACUGAUUUGCGUUGUGUGUAACGCUGAGUUGUGUGUCCUGUUCCGCUAUCGAUUUUCGUCGCGUUUGUCAGUCAAAAUAAACCUAGUAACAGCGUUAAAUUCUUCGUAUUUGCAUCGUAAUACAACAAACGCACGAUGACCAUCAUCACCAAGCCAUUGUCCGAGAAAAAGGAGGCGAAGCCUCUGACUCCCAUCGUUCCCGAAAGUCCGAGUGCCCCGGAAGAUGAUGUUGAAUCACAAGCUGGAACCGAUCCGUCUUUCAUUAUUCUGCGUACUCGCGCCCGUCGUGUGUCAACUGUAACAACACUAUGCCUCCUGAUGACUUCCCUCAUCGUCGUCGGCGUUGGCAUCCUCGCCGGCACGCAUCUGUAUCGUCAGUACCUGCGCUCGCAGGUCUUCAAGGGCUGGGCAGCUGUGCCCUAUGAUGUCAGAGAGGCCAUGUACCAGCAGUCAAGCAACGACAAUACGAUGGACAUGAACGAGUACCUGGAGAAAAUGACCAAAGAGCUGUCCAAUGAACUCAACGCUUUCCAGAACACGUUUAGAGAGGAGUUUGAGAUUGACACCUACAAUGGGGACUACGAGAAGAUCACCGUGCCUGAUUUCAAAGAUGGACGCAUGGGUCGAUUCGUGCAUGAUUUCAACAACAACAAGACUGGUAUCAUUGACAUUAGCGGCAAGCGGUGCUUUAUUAUGCCGCUGGAUCGUAAUACCACUCUGCCGCCGCGCUCCCUGCUUGAUCUGGUGCAGAAAAUGUGGGGGGGUUAUUACAAGGUGGACACACAAAUCAUCCGCGAGCAGUACAGGGUAGAGAUUCCGCCAUUGAGUGACGAUGCACAGAUUGGUACCUACAUUGCCGGCGAGUGUGCAGGCAUGCCUAUUUACAAGCUGGAGAAAUACGUUUCGGGAGUAUGGAAGCGAUCUGCUGAACUUCCGAAUGAAGGCAAAUUCGCGCAGUUUGCAGGUAGACAUGUCGUUGAACUCGACAUCAUGAACUUCAAGGAUGUCGAAGAGUACGAAAAGAAUCUUUAAGCGCUCAAAGCACAUUCGGCGCAGAGAAAUUUAAAGCGUUUGGAAGUGAGUAACUAUAUUUAGAUUACAAUUACCAGGAAACCAGAAUUGACGCCCUCUCACAGUGACCGGGCACGGUUAUCUAUAUAUUAACACAUAAUUAAGUAAGCAACCAAUGCAUAAUAACAUUUCUUAACGAUGUGUUUCUUUCGAUUUAUAAAUUAUAUAUAUAAACACGUUUGAUGCAUUUCUGCGUUGGAACAAAUCGAUAUAUUUUUAAUUGUCGCUUCGUUUUUAUUCUACGACCUACGUUUUAAUGGUGUAUGUUUUAUACUCUAUCUAUUGAUGUUACAAAUGUUACAAAAUACAAACAAGACGAGAGAGAGAGAGGAGAAAAUAUUGAGAGAGGCCGAUGGCAAAAUUUGUCUAUUCCGGAGGGCUGUGUUUGCAUCGAGUAAGCAAAAUGCAAUAUUUUUAAAUAUAAAUAAAAGGGCGUGUAUGUAUCAACCGAUGAUAUAAGAAACAAACAACUGUAAUUGUUAUUGUAUUUACGCGCUAUGAGUAAUCCGGUUAUCAGCAUAAUAUAUAUAUACAUCCGACAUACACAAUUCCGAAGCGGCCGAGAGAAACGGAAUCCGAAAUACAUAUUUGAGAUAAAACAGGGAAUCAAGCGUAUAUUGAAACAAUGAUGGAAUUUGUGUAAUAUUGCCAGUAAACUAAUUAAAUUACGCCUGUUCUUGGAGAGUAACUAAAUAAACUUUUAGCUUAUCAUUUACUACAAUUUAUAGAUAAUAUAUAUUUAGGUUGACUAGUUUUGUCACUGAAAGGACGUUAUUAGGUACACGCACGCGCAGGGUGAGUGUCGGAUUGGUUUUUUGUCAAUAUAUUAUUCUACAAUAAAGAAUUUAGAGGUGUAAA